UUUCAGUCCCAACGUGCUGGCAGAAAAACUAGAAUAACCUACUUUUUUAGACACAAAAAUAGCAAAUUUACGAUGAAAAAUUGUGUUUAAAGACUUUUUAAAAUCAUCAAUAUAUACAAAACAAAAUCGAGAUAUUGUGAUAUUCGGGGCCAUAAAUAACCGUUUUCUCCUGGUCCUGGCAACUGGAUUGUGGAUUCUGCUGUUGAACUUGUCCGAGCCAGCUGAGAUGAGUGGUCCGGAGGUGGCCAAGACACCAGGGGGUGAAGCUCAGGGGAAAGAGGGAAAGGAGCCGGUGGCCAAUGGACACGCAGGAGAGGGCAGCGACCCAAACCCUUUUGCUGAGUACAUGUGGAUGGAGCAUGAGGAGGAGUAUAACAGACAGGUGGAGGAGGACCUGUGGGAGCAGGAAUUUAUGGAGCGCUGCUUCCAGGAAAUGCUGGAAGAAGAGGACAAGGAUUGGUUCAUCCCAUCGCGUGACCUCAACAACCAGGGGGUGGGCCAGCUGCAGCAGCAGCUCAACAACCUGUCUGUCAGCGAUCACCACAGCAACUUUGAGGAAGUGGCAAGGAAGAGCAUGUUGAAUCCAGAGGCGAAGGAGUUUGUCCCGGGGAAGAAAUACUAGGAGUCCCCCUCACCCCCAUGGAGCCUCCACCCGCACACAUGUGCACACACACCAGUCCUCGUAUAUUCUCAGAGACUCUAACACUUACACACAGACACACAAUCAUCAUUUACAUAAACACAGAUGAAAUCGGUGGCGUGCGGGCAGGCCCAGUCGGGGGGUGGGGGGAUUUCUUUUUACUUCUUUCCCUCUUUUUGUUUCUUUAUUCUUUUUAUUUCCUGUUUGCUUGUAAACUGAGGGAUAUUUGGGAUCAGGGGCGGGUGAGGGGGAUAUAAUAGCAGAACCGCCUGAGUGCGGGUGCUAGCUCAUCGUUACAUUUUUAGAAGAUGCCGCCGACUUCUGCAGAGUUUUGGCGCUCAUUUGAGUCUCCUUUUGAACCGAGGCAGCUAUCAAGGAGUGUUGUCAAGUCUUUAAAAUAAAACCAUCUUUAGAUCUCCUAACUUCACAAAAUAAUUUGCUGUCAAAUUGAGAAAAACUAAGAACCACCUCGUAUGAAAGGGAGGAUUUCUAUUAGAGUGAGGUCAGAAGGAAUUACACUUCCGGGGACUCAAUGGGCAUCUGCUGCUCUGCAGAACCAAGGCGGUUGUUCACGUCCGUUAAGACUAUAGCUCCUAUGAUGUCAUAAGCUCCCUGUGACUUCACAGCUCUUGUACAUAGAGAGAUGCAAGCUAUGUGUAUCAGCAGUGGCUCAGUUCCAAACCAAAUACAGCCAGUGUCACCUCUAGUGUUCAGUGGUGGAAACAAACAUGAGUGUGCGACAAAGCCCGUAAGUCAUUAUUUUCCCCAGUUAAUGUGGAAAACUCAUGUUUGUAUCGUAUUCGUAGAAAUAAAGACGCUAGUUUCGCAAUUGUUCAGUUUGGCAAUGAAUAUGUGAAUUUAAAGUAAAGGUCAGAGUUUUGAAGUUCAAUAAAAAACAUUGAUUUUUUUUUUUGUGUGUGUGUUUCUGAAGUCUGCAUUUUCCUUAUGACUUGUGACGAAAGUAUUUAGUCUGGAACAGAGCCAUUGCCUCUUUCUGCCAGAACAACUUUGAUUUGUCCUGCACCAGAUCAAGUGUCUACAUCCAAAUCAGGUUCUCCACUCGCCUCUCCUCUUCUUCUUCUUUUUUUUUUUUUUUUCUUAUUUCCUUCGUGGUUUUGAGGAAGAGGCGUUUUGUGUCUCUGCUGGGCACAGUAGCCUGUGGUGUCACUUCAGGCCUGUUAGUAGAAGGAAAUGUGAGGAAACUGUUUUGUUACAGCCUGUCAGUAUAGAAGUCAGGGACAUGUGGCCAACAGUGUGUUGAUCUCUUUGCAGCUCUCGUCAUAUAAAGCAGGUUUGUCAGUCUAGCCUCAGAUUUCUGUUGUUGUGACCAUAACACUUUGUGUUUUGGUACAGACUUGUGCACUUUGUACUGUAGUAUCUGGCAGAUGAGAGCACUCGUUUCCACUCAUGCGGUCUGCAACAGAGAUGAUGAGCAUGCAGUUUAAAGGGAACUUCCUCACAGUGUUGUGUGAGGCUGUGGAAAGGCACCCAGGUGAAGCCAUUGGGAAUGUCCGCCAGGUGGAUUGUACAACACGAAAAUCAUUUUUGGUGAUUUCUUGUUUUGAGUUUUGAGACAGCCGUUGAAGACAGAGGUCCAGAAGACACACUGAAAUUCAGUACAAAUAAAAUUGAUGAAAAAAGAUGAAUAAAGGUUAUAAAGACAAA